AACUUAUUAAAUAGAUUUGAGCUUUGAUUUUUAACUAUGUCUGGUUUCGACGAGGGUGCCAUUUUCUACAGCAGUGCUCUGGGCAUGGAUGAUGCGAGUGUGCACGGAGACAAUAGGGCUGACUUCAAGAAGAGGUUCCGAGAGUUUCUCAGGACUUACCACGAGACUUACUCAUUUGAUCACAAAUACAGGGAUGCGUUGAAGAGGAACUACAACCUGAAGAACUACUUCUUGGAGGUGAAUCUGGAAGACUUCAACUUGAUAGACACGGAGCUGCACGACAAACUGAAGAACCAGCCGGCCGAAUAUAUUCAAGUUUUUGAGGAGGCUGCGCGUGAGGUUGCGGACGAGAUCACACGGCCACGUCCGGAGGGAGAGGAGGAGAUCCAGGACAUCCAGAUCAUGCUCAACCCCACUGAAGAGUGCACCCCUCUCAGAAGUCUUAAGUCCGAUUUCGUGUCAAAACUUGUCACUAUCUCUGGUAUAGUGGUAGCUGCCAGUGGCAUCCGAGUGAAGGCGCAGCGGGUGACUAUCCAGUGCAGGUCUUGUCGCAACUCAGUCCCAGACAUACCCAUCAAGCCUGGAUUCGACGGGUAUCUCUUGCCUAGGAAAUGUAACGGAGUUGGAGACCAGCCGGGUCAGCCGCCCUGUGGCCUGGACCCCUUCUUCAUCAUGCCAGACAAGUGCAAGUGUGUGGAUGUGCAGACCCUCAAACUGCAGGAGUCUUCGGAGGAUGUGCCCAAUGGGGAACUGCCGAGACACACACAACUGUACUGUGACAGAUACUUGUGUGAGAAGGUGGCCCCCGGAAAUAAAGUCACGCUGACCGGCAUAUAUUCCAUCAGACAACUGAUGCAAGGAAAGAAAGCGAAUGACAACGUGGCCGCAGCGGGGAUUCGAACGCCCUACAUCCGAGUUGUAGGUAUCAGAGUAGAGAGUGAGAGUCGUGCAGUGAACACGCCUGUUACUCCGGAAGACGAAGAGAAGUUCCGACAGUUCGCGGCCAGGCCGGAUUGUUAUGAAGUGAUUGCAAGGAGCAUUGCACCUUCCAUUUUUGGAAGCAUUGACAUCAAGAAGUCUAUUGCAUGUCUGCUGUUCGGUGGAAGUCGUAAACGUCACCCGGACGGUCUGAUCAGAAGAGGUGACAUCAACCUGCUUCUUCUGGGCGACCCGGGUACAGCCAAGUCGCAACUUCUCAAAUUUGUCGAACGAGUAUCACCCGUCGGUGUGUACACUUCGGGAAAGGGGUCCUCGGCAGCUGGUCUGACAGCGUCUGUGGUUCGAGACGCAGGGAGGAACUUUGUACUGGAGGGUGGAGCUAUGGUGUUGGCGGAUGGGGGAGUGGUGUGUAUUGACGAGUUCGACAAGAUGAGAGAGGAUGACAGAGUGGCUAUUCAUGAGGCCAUGGAGCAACAGACGAUCUCAAUUGCUAAGGCGGGAAUCACGACUACCCUCAACACGCGAUGCUCAGUGCUGGCAGCGGCCAACUCAGUGUACGGUAGAUGGGACGACUCAAAAGGAGACGACAACAUCGACUUCAUGCCCACAAUCCUCUCCCGAUUCGACAUGAUCUACAUUGUAAAGGACGAACAUGACUUCCAAAAGGACACGACACUGGCUAAACACGUGAUCAGUGUGCACAUGAAUGCAGCAAACGCACUGAAGGAGAAAGAGGUUGAGGGGGAGAUCAGUUUGGGCUUCCUGAAGAAGUACAUCGCAUACUGCAGAUCGCGAUGUGGUCCUCGUAUCUCAGCCGAGGCUGCAUCUAAACUGCGCAACAGAUAUGUUCUAAUGCGCAGUGGAUCAAAACAACAUGAGCAAGAAACCAUGAAGCGGAUGUCCAUCCCAAUCACAGUGAGACAGCUGGAGGCAGUGAUUAGAAUCAGUGAGAGUCUGGCCAAGAUGAGACUACUCCCGUUUGCUAGUGAGCAGAAUGUAGAUGAGGCUCUGAGGUUGUUCCAGGUGUCGACACUCGAGGCUGCCAUGUCUGGAUCCCUUGCAGGAGCUGAGGGCUUCACCACGUUGGAGCAACAAGACGUGUUGAACAGAAUAGAGAAGCAGAUCAAAAAGCGCUUCCCCAUCGGCGCCCAGAUCUCAGAGCACGCCAUCGUGAACGAUUUCGUCAAGCAGAAGUUCCAGGAGAGAACUGUCCAGAAGGUCAUUCACGCCAUGAUUCGGAGGGGCGAGUUGCAACACCGGUUGCAGAGGAAAGUGUUGUACCGGCUGAGAUAAACAAAAGUAGUAAUAGUGAACUCUUUUUUGGUCGCUAUCAACGUAUUGAUCUAUCUGAACUUUGAUCUUUUGACUUCAUAAAAAUUCUCCAAAAAUGCUAUUGAUUUUUAAAUGAUAAUUUUGAGUAGCAUUUCUGAAAUUAAAGCGUUAAAAAUUUGUUAAAAAUGAAUCGGAAUUGCUGCUUUUUACUCUCGCGACUAGCUUUUGUGAUGCCGUGGUUUUUGCUGCGUCAAUUGAUUUGAAAGUGCAAUACGUGAACUAGGAUCGUUUUAACUUAUUCUUUGUAAUAUUUGCUCUUGAGCUUUUGGUGCCCUUGUUUAUGCUUGAUGAACUAUGUUAUGUGAAAUAACUAAUUUAAAUGUGCAAUGCUUC